AUGAGACUAACACUAGUGACCGCACUUACGCUGUACCAUACACUACAAAGCACAUUCGCCAAGCCUGUUCCUAGCAAGAUCGAAGCAGUCUCCGUUUGGAACAAGCCCGCAUCCCAAUGGUUUGACAUGCUGACCCCGUUCGGGCUGAAGGAAGGUAAAGAUGAUUCGAAGAAAUCAGACAAGGGCGACAAGAAGAAAAAGAAGAAAGAAUCAAAGGAUGCCAAACCUGUCGAGUACCAUUGGUACACAGGCGAUGGCACUGUUGCCGCUGGCUGGCCAGAUGAAGAUGACUGGAAGAGUUUCGAUGAUCUAUGGGACAUCAACUCCGCAGCCUACAUCUCCCUAACCCCCAACACUCCCGACGAAACCUCCGACCUCCACGCCUCUAUCCUCUCCGUCUCCUCCUCCACCGGCGUCGACGCCCGCUUCAUCCUCGCCACCAUAAUCCAAGAAUCCAACGGCAACGUCCGCGUCGGCACAACAGCAAUGGCAAACGCCAACCCAGGCCUCAUGCAAUCCUACGGACCCCUCUGUUCUGGAACCUGCAAAGACAUCCCCACCACAACCCAUUGUCCAUCUUCCAUGAUCGAACAAAUGAUCAAAGACGGCACAGCUUCGAAUUCCGCGGGAAUGGGUUUGCAGGAUUUGAUUGCGAAGAGUGGAGUCGAUGAUGUGAGUAAGUAUUACAAGGCGACGAGAAUGUAUAACUCGGGACCGAAUAGUAUUCCAGAGGAUGGGGAUUUGAGUGCGGAGAGUGGGGCUGCGACGAGGACUUAUGCUUCGGAUGUGGCGAAUCGGUUGGUGGGGUGGGUGGCCAAUGGGACGGAGGGGCAGAAGGUGUGGUAG